GGUACAACAUUUUUUAAAAGAGAGUAUAGUUUCUCAAAAGGCAGAUCAGAUUUGCUUGCAGAUCUGUGCUUAAAUACUGGCUCCUCGCCGUUGACCCAAAACACGCGACGCCUGCACAUGCAAACCACUUGAAUUCAUGGCAUGUUCCCGGAGAGGUUCUUUUAAUGUGUUGUUACUCAAUUACUCCGUCCUCCACCGUACCGUGUAAUUCCCCAAGCCAUGGGCGCUAAGGCGGCGAUCCAGGUUAACGCAUAUCAAAUCCUUGGUGACAAUUCUCGGCCUGGAUUUCCAUUUCUCAGCCACCAGAAACGUCAAAAAUCCCAUCUGAUUUUCUUGAAAUUAUCCCAAAGAAGGCAUGAAGCCACCGAGUUACUUGCCGGUCACCAGCCCAAGCUUCAAAGAUCGACUCAUGUCCAUGCUACUGAAGUAGAGCAUGUUUUUCACAUGAAAGGAGGCAAUGGAGAAACCAGCUACGCCAAGAACUCUAGGCUUCAGAGGAAAGCAAUAUUGGAGACCAAGCCAUUGCUGGAGAUGGCGAUCGCAGAAGUGUGUAUGAGUAUGACUGCCCUUCCUCGCACUAUGGUUGUCGCCGACCUUGGCUGCUCCUGCGGGCCGAACGCCCUCCUCUUCGUCUCCGAGGUGAUCUGCACGGUUGCCGACCGCCUCAAGACGUUUGGUCACAAUCCCGUGGAGAUCCAGUUCUUCCUGAACGACCUCCCGGGAAACGACUUCAACCACGUCUUCCGGUCGCUUGCCGAGUUCCACAUGUGCAUGGCUGAAGAAGGCUCUGCGGAGGGAGGGGAUGAACUGCCGGCAUACUACAUCGCCGGGUUACCCGGCUCCUUCUACCGGAGGCUCCUCCCCUGCCGAAGCGUUCACCUCUUCCACUCCUCCUACUGCCUCAUGUGGUGCUCGCAGGUCCCCGAGGAGCUCUUGGAAGGCAAGUACGUGAACGAAGGCAAGAUCUGCAUCGGGGCAACGACGCCUCCUGCAGUGGUCAAACUGUACCAGGAGCAGUUCCACAGGGACUUCUCGCGGUUCCUCGAGCUGCGGUCCAUGGAGCUCGUCCCCGGCGGCCAGAUGGUGCUCACCAUCCUCGGCAGAAAACACCGGGAUCCCCGCACCGGCGAGCUCUUCACGCUCUACGCGCUGCUAGCACAAGCUCUACAAUGUCUUCUCCUAGAGGGCCGCGUGGAGAAGGAGAAGCUGGAUGGCUUCAACCUGCCGCUGUACACGCCGUCGGUGGAGGAGGUGGCGGCGGCGGUGGAGGCAGGUGGCCUGUUCGACGUCCGCCGCGUCCAGCUCUUCCAGUCGAACUGGGAUCCUCACGACGACUCCGAGGACAGCAACGCCGUCACCGGCGGCGCACGAGAGAGCGGGGAGAACGUGGCGAGGGUGACCAGAGCGGUGCUGGAGGCCCUGCUCGUCCAGCACCUCGGGGAGUGCGUGCUCGACGAGCUCUUCGCCGUCUUCGCGCGGCUCGUCGCGGCGCACCUGGAGGAGGAGAAGACCAAGUUCACCGUCGUUGUCCUCGUCCUCUCCCUCAGGGAAGGGCGGAAAGAGGCGUCCGUGCCGCGGGCACCUGCUUCAGUGGAUGGUCAUGCACAUGCAAAGAUGCGAGUGGCCUCUGAAGUCUGACUUGAAACGAAGGAAGCGUUUCGACAUUUCGCAUGGAUUUGGGGGACGCCAUGCUCCAUUGGACUCAGACUUGCUGUAUUGGUGACCCUUUCAGGCUUUCACUUUGACCUCAAGGUCGCAUAUAUAAUUUACAAUGCAUUCAUCGUCUUAAAAGGAUACUACUCCCUCCAUCCCAAAUUGUAAGUCAUUUUAGCAUAUUUAGAUUCAUAACCUUUGCUAUGUAUCUAGACAUAGUGCAUAUCUAGAUAGAUAGUAAAAUCUAUGAACCUAAAAUACCAAAACGUCCCAAAGGAAGUACAUCACUAGCUUCAUGCAGAGAACAGCCAAUGCAUGCUUCAGAAACUACUUCCACUACGUGUAUGACAUUGAUUUGCUAUUAAAGCUACAUAAGCACCUAAAGGAAAAGUAAAAUCUAUAUACC